CUGUUGAUUGGUCGGCGGUCUCCAGCUGCUGAUGACGUCACGAGAGCGCGAUGGCGGCGACAAGCGGUCUGUUUUCCGACCUACGGGAAAUAAAGAAACAGCUGCUGAGCAUAAGCUGGCUGUGCCGGGAGCGGGGUCUCAUGCACAGCGUGAAAUGGGCAUCUGAAUUGGCUUUUUCUUUGGAGUCAAUCCCUUUAAAUGAGUUGCCGUCAACACCUGCACUUACAGAGGAGGAUGCCCAAGAUCUGGAUGCAUAUACACUGGCCAAGUCUUACUUUGACCUUAAAGAAUAUGACAGAGCUGCAUAUUUCCUUCGAGGGUGUAAAAGCCAGAAAGCCUACUUUUUGUAUAUGUACUCCAGGUAUUUGUCUGGAGAAAAGAGAAAAGAUGAUGAGACUGUAGAUAGCUUGGGUCCACUUGAAAAAGGACAGGUAAAGAAUGAGGCCCUGCGUGAACUGCGUGUGGAGCUCAGUAAGAAGCAUAAGGCAAGAGAGCUGGAUGGAUUUGGCCUUUACCUGUAUGGUGUGGUUCUGCGAAAAUUGGAUCUCGUGAAAGAGGCUUUGGAUGUUUUUGUGGAGGCAACACAUGUCUUGCCCUUGCAUUGGGGAACGUGGUUGGAACUAUGCAACUUAAUUACAGACAAGGAAAUGUUAAAGUUCUUGUCCCUGCCAGACUGCUGGAUCAAGGAGUUCUUCCUGGCACAUAUAUACACAGAGCAGCAGUUGAUUGAAGAAGCUUUACAAAAAUAUCAGAGUCUCAUCGAUGCCGGAUUCUCCAAAAGUACCUACAUAAUUUCACAGAUUGCGGUAGCAUAUCAUAACAUUAGAGAUAUUGAUAAAGCUCUUUCUAUUUUCAAUGAGUUACGGAAACAAGACCCUUAUAGAAUAGAAAACAUGGACACUUUUUCUAACCUGCUGUAUGUCAGGGGUCUAAAACCAGAACUGAGUUACUUGGCACAUAACCUCUGUGAUAUUGACAAGUAUCGUGUGGAAACCUGCUGUGUGAUUGGAAAUUAUUACAGCUUGCGCUCCCAGCAUGAGAAGGCAGCUCUGUAUUUUCAGAGAGCCCUAAAACUGAACCCCAGAUAUCUUGGUGCAUGGACCCUUAUGGGUCAUGAGUAUAUGGAAAUGAAGAACACCUCUGCGGCCAUACAAGCAUACAGGCAUGCGAUUGAGGUCAAUAAGAGAGAUUAUCGAGCAUGGUAUGGAUUGGGACAGACCUACGAGAUCCUAAAAAUGCCGUUCUACUGCUUGUAUUAUUAUAGACGGGCCCACCAGCUACGACCGAAUGACUCCCGCAUGCUUGUCGCCUUAGGUGAAUGUUAUGAAAAGCUCAACCAACUUGUGGAGGCCAAAAAAUGCUACUGGAGAGCUUAUGCUGUUGGUGACGUGGAAAAAAUGGCUUUAGUGAAACUGGCAAAACUCCAUGAACAACUGAAUGAGUCUGAACAGGCUGCACAGUGCUACAUUAAAUAUAUACAGGAUAUAUACUCUUGUGGAGAGAUAGUAGAGCAUCAAGAACUGAGCACUGCAUUUCGGUACCUGGCUCAGUAUUACUUCAAGUGUAAGCUGUGGGACGAGGCCUCGGCAUGUGCCCAGAAAUGCUUUAACUUUAAUGAUACAAGAGAAGAAGGCAAAGCACUUUUGCGCCAGAUUUUGCAGCUACGUAACCAGAAUGAAAGCCCUUCUGCCGAACUGCCAACCAGUGCUCCAUUUUUAUUCCCUCAAUCUGUUUCCGCCAGCAACACCCCUACAAGAAGAGUAUCUCCUUUAAACCUUUCCUCAGUGACGCCAUAGUCGCAUCCUCCAGGAGGAUCGUUGGUGCUAUGCCUGCAGUGAAAAAACACAAGUGCAAUAACUGCGGAGAGAUGUUGCUUCCAUUGAAGCUCACAGGAUUUCCAUUAAGAGCUUGUCUGUUGGGAAAACAACUCAUGCUGCCAAACUGAAGCUGGACUGGUCAGGUUUGUGCUGGCACAGACAGAGCUGAAGAGAGGCAGGUUUCUUAAUUUGAGAUUAUCUGCAUUGAAUUUGUCAAUAAACUUUUUAUACCGUGAUUUGAAUGCUUCUAUAAAGAUACUCUACAGCCACA